AUGGGCCGUUCACGUCAGAAAAUGCCCUUAUCGAGGCAAUGGCACGGAAAUAUACCUACGAUGGUCGGCCACGCUUCAGAGCUGAGUUCUACCGCCAGUGUCUACCGCGUGUUCCACCGUAGCCAUGGUCCAACAUUCACUCAUGGUGACUUUCAAAGAAAAAAUGUGCAGAUCCAAAGGGUGAUAGACAAUAGUGGUGGAUAUGAUAUUCCAAAGCCGCAAAUUGCCAUUCUUGACUGGGAAAAGUCAGGUUGGUAUCCUAGCUACUGGGAGUAUUCUCUUGCCGUCUGCGCAUUACGAUGGGAUGAUGACUGGUGCCUUUGGAUUGAGAAAGUCUUGGAACCUUUUGUCUCUGAAUCUUCCUGGUUGCAAACAAUUCGGCUAGAAUUGUGGUCUUAG